UUGUUUAAUCCUCUUGUGCGUAGCUUACCGGCACAUAUUAUAAAAAGAAAUGUAAUAUCUGUUCGAAAUUAUCAAUCAUUAAAUACAGAAAAGUGAUCGUAAUUUGUUGAUCGGAGUUUAUCAGCUGUCUCUUUAAAUUACUUAUAGAUAAUGACAGAUAACAGUUCUUAUAAAUCAAGUUGAAAAUUCCAUUCGCAUACGAGAUUACUGACGGACGACGGACAGAACGGAGAAUCAAAAAUUUAUCGUCAUUGUCGCAGUUGAACACGAUGGAGAAUAACAUGGCCAGUGUGACCUCAAAAGAAUUGGAAUCGUGCUUUCAAAGAGGCAAUCAUACUUUGAAAGUACCUAUGUCCCUCUUCCGAAACAAUCGCGAGAGAUUAGCUGCACGUAUCAGAACCAAUGCAAAAGUACCGCAUGCAGGCACUUUUGUAAUCCUCGAAGGGGGGGUUGAAAUUCCAUUUAAUGAUACAGAUAUAAACUGGCCAUUUAGGCAGGAAUCGUUCUUCCAAUGGAGCUUUGGGGUAGAAGAACCUGGAUGCUACGGUGCUAUCGAUGUAGCGACUGGAAGCUCUAUUCUAUUCGUGCCAAGAUUGCCGGAAGAAUAUGGAAUCUGGCAGGGGAAACUGCUUAGUUUGGAAGAUUUCAAAAAACGGUACGCCGUAAACGAAGUUCGCUACACCGAUGAAAUAGCUGCAGUUUUAAAAUCGAAACAAGUAACUCUUCUUCUCACCUUGAGGGGUCAAAACAGCGAUAGCGGUUUGGAAACAAAAGAGGCUGUCUUCGACGGCAUUGACCAAUUCAACGUAGACAACCACACUCUGUACCCGGAAAUAUGCGAAUGUCGCGUAAUAAAGACACCGCAAGAAAUCGAGGUGUUGGAAUACGUGAUUAAACUAAGCUCAGACGCUCACAAGUCUGUGAUGCAGAUGGUGAAACCAGGAACCGCGGAAUUCCAGGCCGAGUCCGCUUUCCUUCAUUACGUAUAUUCCGUUGGAGGUUGCAGACACGCGUCGUACCAGUGCAUUUGCGGAUCCGGACAAAACUCGUCCAUACUGCAUUAUGGACACGCCGGUGCCCCUAACAACAAAAUUAUAAACGACGGUGAUAUGUGCCUUUUCGAUAUGGGUGGAAACUACUGCGGAUACGCAGCGGAUAUCACGUGCAGUUUCCCAGUCAAUGGGAAAUUUACGGAAGAUCAGAAGAUGAUAUACAACGCGGUCCUCGCCGCUCGCGACGCGGUAAUGAAUCAGGCGAAGCCCGGCGUAGCUUGGACGGAUAUGCACCUGCUGGCGAACAAGACUAUGUUGACUUCUCUAAAGGAAGGGGGUCUGCUAACGGGCGACGUGGAUAAGAUGAUUGAGUCAGGAUUACAUGCGGUGUUCCAGCCUCAUGGGCUUGGACAUUUCAUGGGGUUAGACGUUCACGACGUUGGUGGAUAUCUUCCGGGACAUCCGGAACGUCCCACGGCACCGGGACUAAAAAAAUUGAGAACCAGCCGCAUUUUGAAACCCGGCAUGGUGUUGACGAUCGAACCCGGCUGUUACUUCAUCGACUGUCUAUUGGAUGCCGCGUUGAACGAUCCGAAUCAAUCGAAGUUCAUAGUUGCCGAGAAAUUGAAAAAAUUCCGCGGACAGGGCGGAGUUCGUAUUGAAGAUGACGUUCUGGUAACUGAAACUGGUGUUAAAAACUUGACGGAUGUCCCACGCACUGUGGAAGAAAUAGAAAAGUGGAUGGCUGCUAAGAAGAAUUAAUCGAUCUCAGCUACUCAUUAUCGGCACUGAGAAACACGCAUAUACGAUGUUUGAAUUCCAUGGAAAGGACAAGGAAAAAACUAUUUAUAGAUUCUAUUUUUCGUGUAAGAUGAAUUGUGAUACGUAACGAAGUAUUUUUGAACACGUUUCAUAUGAUACAUUGAUAUAUCUUUUUUGUUUAUAUAUAUAUAUAUAUAUGUACGCAGAGUACUCUUUCAUUUUUACAA